AUGAAGAACUUUCACACUUUACACGUUCUUUCUCUGCUUGCAACCAUCGGCACUUUUGUCAACGGCCAAGGAGAAUUCACUCUGGCUUGCAAUGCCCUUACCAUCCAACGAGGUGAUCCUAUCAUCAGCCCCGGUGCUAUUAGUAACCAUACCCAUAUCGUUAUCGGCGGCACUGCAUUCAAUCGUUCGAUGAGCCAAGAUGCAGCCCCGAAUGCAUUGGCGACUACUUGCUCGGCAGCUAUUGAUAGAUCUAAUUACUGGCAGCCGCUACUAUAUCAUAUGCAGUCAGAUGGUCAAUUCGAAGCAGUUGAAUUUCAAGGAAAUGCUGUGUAUUACCUACAACGCGCGUGUGAUUACGCAGAUAACCGGACCUCAUGUCCUACCGGAUUCAUGCCGCAGGCCCCCCCAGCUGGGCUUCGUAUGAUUUCUGGGAGUCCCUUGCUUCGGAAUUACACAGACACCUUUGCUCAACGCGCUCAGUCACACAUGUGCUUGACAGAUUCAACUAGUGUCUACACCAACUCUCUCCCAACUCAAGCUUGCCUCAGACUACGUUCUCAGGUGUUCUUCCCGUCUUGCUGGGAUGGGAAGAACCUUGAUACCCCCGACCACACUCAUGUAUCUUUCCCCGCCAUAGGGGAUUACAAUGGUGGUGUCUGUCCCUCCACACACCCCGUUGCGAUAUUUUCGAUUUUCCUCGAAUUCUUUUACGACACAUCCCCUUAUACAGACUGGGAGAACCUCGUCUAUGCGAUGGGUGACAUCACUGGAUACGGGUUACACGGUGACUUUCUCAAUGGCUGGACAGACAUUGAUGCAUUGCAGAACGCAUUUGACACUUGUGGUAGUAAUGGGUAUUCUCUGUCGUCACCUGGUUGUUCGAUUACGAAUGGCACUGUUCAAGGGGCUCAGACCCAGCAAGUCCAGAUUCAGCCGCCAUAUGAGGAUUUGGGGUUGAAUAAAUCAGUACCAGUUUUGCCAGGGCCAAAUUACGUUACUGGGAGCGUAGCAGACCGUACUGUUUAG